UUUAGUUAAAAGGCUCAAACGCAUCUUGGCAGCAUGUAUAUGUGGGUGUAUGCAUAUAUGUAUACGUAGGUGUGUAAGCUAUGCACAAAAAGUACCUCAACCAGAUCCAUCAACCACAGGAGAUGCUCGUAAAAAAUGGCUAACUUUGAAUGGAGGACAGCCAGAGAUCAUAGCUCGGGGCGGAUUCUCAGGGAUUUUCCCUGAAUCCAGCGCACCUGCAAAUCAGAUGGCAUUAGACACCAGUUUGUCAGACACGGUAUUGUUGUGCAAUCUGCAACUUACCCAAGACGGAUUUGGAAUUUGCUUGCCUGAUAUCAGGCUCGAUAACACAACCACCGCGCCCAUGGUGUUUCCCAAAGGCAAGAAGACCUACAAAGUUAAUGGACAAGAUGUUCAUGGCUGGUUUGCUUUGGAUUAUCCAAUUGACCAGUUACUUGGCAGUGUAAAUUUAAUUCAAAACAUUUUCUCGAGACCGAGUCUCUUUGACGGCCUAUUGCCAAUUUCAAGUGUUGAGGAUGCUGUAGGAGUUAGACCUAAAAAGUUCUGGCUGAGUGUUCAGAAUAAUGCAUUUUAUGCCGAACACAAGCUCAGCGUAGCAGCAUAUCUACGAACUGCAAAUAGAGUUAUUAUAAAUUAUAUUUCAUCACCUGAGAUUGGUUUCUUGAAGAGCAUCAGUGGGCAGAUAAACAAAGGUAGGACGAAGCUGAUCUUCGAGUUCAAAGAACUUGAUGCCACUGAGCCAACAAUCAACAAGAAAUACAGUGCAAUUUUGCAGGAUCUUGCAAGUAUCAAGGUCUUUGCAUCCGGGAUACUUGUCCCGAAGGAAUACAUAUGGCCUGUUGAUGCGAAUAGAUAUCUGAAACCAGCCACAACUUUGGUAGCAGAUGCUCAUAAACUUGGACUAGAAGUGUAUGCAUCUGGUUUUGCAAAUGACAAGCAAGCGAGUUAUAAUUAUAGUUAUAAUCCUGUGGCUGAGUACUUGCAGUUCAUCGAUAAUUCCCAAUUCGCUGUUGAUGGUUUGGUUACGGACUUCCCUCCUACAGCAUCAGAAGCUGUUGCAUGUUUUGCUCAACAGAACCCGAAGAAUCGCAAACAAGGACAAGCUUUGAUCAUAACCCAUAAUGGAGCUAGUGGAGUUUACCCUGGCAGCACUGAUCUUGCAUAUCAACAAGCAGUGAACGAUGGAGCUGACAUAAUAGAUUGCUCAGUCCAGAUGUCAGAUAAGAAGAAAAUGAUCAGGUGUUUGAUUUUCCUUUCAUUGUUGCUUCAAGUAAGCUAUGCACAAAAAGUACCUCAACCAGAUCCAUCAACCACAGGAGAUGCUCGUAAAAAAUGGCUAACUUUGAAUGGAGGACAGCCAGAGAUCAUAGCUCGGGGCGGAUUCUCAGGGAUUUUCCCUGAAUCCAGCGCACCUGCAAAUCAGAUGGCAUUAGACACCAGUUUGUCAGACACGGUAUUGUUGUGCAAUCUGCAACUUACCCAAGACGGAUUUGGAAUUUGCUUGCCUGAUAUCAGGCUCGAUAACACAACCACCGCGCCCAUGGUGUUUCCCAAAGGCAAGAAGACCUACAAAGUUAAUGGACAAGAUGUUCAUGGCUGGUUUGCUUUGGAUUAUCCAAUUGACCAGUUACUUGGCAGUGUAAAUUUAAUUCAAAACAUUUUCUCGAGACCGAGUCUCUUUGACGGCCUAUUGCCAAUUUCAAGUGUUGAGGAUGCUGUAGGAGUUAGACCUAAAAAGUUCUGGCUGAGUGUUCAGGAAUCAGAAAUUUCAGUGACCCUUGCCGUGCAGAGAUCCAGAAAAUGCCAUUUUCAAUCUCUUUCAAUCUCAUCUGGCCAAAAAUUCAAAAUCCUUUUGGUUUUUCUUCAUUAUUACUUCACAGAAAUACCGGAAUUGAUAAUAAAAUACCAGCAGAGAAGCAGGGGUUAUGGUCAGUGGAGGCUCAGAUUCGCCUUUUAUCAGACAGAUGGAGAUCAUGUUCCGUCAUCCAUGGCUGCAACAACAGGAAGACCAGAAUUUAGUUCAGAUCCCGUUGUUACCCCGCCAGGAAACGAAGUCUUCUCCCUCAACGUCUGA